UUCUUUUGUGUAAUCAUAUACUGGAAAUCUGAUAUUGUAACUUCUAAACAAAAAUCUUGUCAAGAAUGAAAACAGACUGACAAUGUAACUAUUGGCUCAACAGCAUGUUGUGUUGAGAUGUUUCUGCGGCUGUUUCUGUGGUCAUGGAAGAAAAUCAAGCAGCAGGGACACAAGAAUAAUUCAUUAAUAUUUGAAAUGUUACAAAAAGUUAAGAUCAGAGAAGUAUUUUGACUUUUUCUAGAGGGAGCUUUGGAGCAAGACUAUAUGCUGCUAACCAGUAGAAAUAACAGUAUACGGCCACUGAAUUUUUCUUUCCUUUCUGGUGAAUUAUACUGUGUUUACUUCUUGUUUUAAUUCAAGGAUAAACUUAAAUGAUUGUAAGAUACAAAAAGUUUGUGUAAGAUUAUGAGACAACAGGCCCUGGUGCACUGGUGUAAAAGACCCCUCAACCCUCCUACACAAGAGCAAGUCUGCAGCCUGAGAGAGACCACAAACCACAACCUCAUUGUUUCGUGCUUCUUUGUAAGUAUUUGUUGUCUCUUUGUGGUUGUUUUACGUCUCUUGGUGGCCGUUUUGUGUCUCUGUGUAGUCAUGUUGAGUCUCUUUGUAGUCGUGCUGUGUUUGAGGUCAUUAUGUGUCUCUUGUUUUUUUUUUUUGUCUCAAAUCAUGUUAUGUCUGUUCAUGGUUAUUGUGCACCUACUUGUAGUUUGAUGUCUCUCUGUAGUUGUUUUGUGUUCGUAGUUGUUGUGCAUCAUGAAUCAUUGCGGCUUCAUUGCGUCUCUUGCAAUGACAUAUUUUAGGUGAAGCAGAUGCCCCCUGACCUCUUGGGGCUCCUUGGCCUGUUCUUUAAUCCAUCUAGUUUUACAGACUCAGCAAUGUCAUUAACACAGCAAUAUCUAUCUUGAGUUAGCUAAGAUUAGCUAACAUUAGCUACUGGUCAAACCAGACUAAGUAAACCUGUAGCAGUAAAACCCCCAAAAGAUGAAAAAAAAACCCCCAAACAAACAAAAAGCAUCCUUAUAGAUUUAACUAUAUCAACAGAUCAUGAAGCUGUUUAAAUGAUCUCGCCCUUGAAUGCCUGCAGCAUUAAUAGGCUAUGCAUGUUAAUGCAUCAAUACUAAUAUUAUUUAAGAUAAUUUGUAUAUAAUAAUAUAACAGGGGAUCAUUUUGACCAGCCAACAUAUUUUAUACUUGACAUUUUGCUGAUUGUAUUUUAUACUUUUACUCAAGUAAAACCUUGAAUGUAUUAGUCAGAGUAUUUCUAUCAAGGGGUAAUUGUAUUUUUGACUACUUCUUCCUCCACUGUUCUUUAUGAAUUCAACUUUUCAUGAGUUAGAGAAAGAAUGAGUUAUUUCUUCUUUUGCAAUUUCUCUUCCGCAGUGUUGCUUUAAGGAAUUGUUUUUUUUUGUUGUUUGUUCCAGGCUGCCAGUGAAAGUCACAUGGUUAUCAGCUGAUUUCUGAGUUGAGCCAGCAUGUGUUUCAUUCCCAGUGUGUGAGGUUUGCCAGUGUAGUGCCAGUGUGCUGUGGUGCUGUGUUGUUAUUACAGGUAUCUACUGAUUCCUUCCUUCUUUCUUUCUUUCUUUCUUUCUUUCUUUCUUUCUUUCUUUCUUUCUUUCCUUCUUUCUUUCUUUCUUUCUUUCUUUCUUUCUUUCUUUCUUUCUUUUAGUCUCUGAUAGUCAGUUAGAACUGAGUCAAGACAAUAGAUACCACACAAAUAUGCAAAGCAUGCAAAUCCACACUGUUGUGUCCUGUACCGAAACACUUUGUUGUGUCAGAGUCUGUCCUAUUACCUCAUUUUGAACCAAACCUAUCUGACAGAAGGUGAACUCUGGUGGGAACAGAAUAGAUUUCGAGAGAAGAACUUCAACCAGCAGUCUGCAGUGCUCUUUUGUCUGAGAACCCUAAAUUGAUGUACAUGCUACACACUUAUUUAUUCUUUAAAAUCACAAAUAUCCCCCUGAUUUCCUCCUCUACAAUGACAAGGUACAGGUAAAUAUCUCUCAGUGAAUUCAUUUAAUAGUAUUACUGUGUACAGUAAACACAUUUGCUCAAGUCUUAUAUGUUAUUUUCAUUUUGUAGUUUUUUUUUUAAAUAUCUAUUUUCUGUGCACUUGCACUUGCACUGUUCUUGUGACUGUGACUGUAUGUUCAGGACGAACAAAGAGGGACGUCAGUACGUGAGGGCAGCACCAGGAAGUAGGCGUUGAUGGACCGGAUAGGAAAAGCUGUGCAGCUCAUGGUGCCACCUCCUGAACUUUGGCUUUCCGCCACCAAAUUCCGGUUCAGCCUGUUAAAAAAACGGUACUCGGUGACUGAUUUGGGCGUCGCUCGACAUGCUGAUGUGGUGAAGGGAAAACGAAACCGAACAACACCCGUCGAAGUUGUUUACGAAAUCCCAGUGAGGAACUGAAGACUUCACACCGAGAGGAGGAAAUGUCUGUUGCAAGAAAGGAACUACAGGAGGCUUUGUGCCGCUACAUCACAGAUACCCUCAUCUACAUCGACUCAGUGAGAGGAUUCUGUGAGAAGAUCUCUAAAUGGAUGCUCAAGAGGGAGACAGAAUUAAACAUGAUGAUGGACAUCAAAAACAGGGCUGACAACAUCGACUUAAAUGUCAACCAUGUUACCCAGUCACAGGACAAAGGUAAAGCCUUUUUGGAAUAUAUGAAGAGCAAAGUGACCCAGGUGACUGCAGACAGCAGGCGUGCAGAGCUGGAGGAGGAGCUGGCUGCUGUGUUGAAGGACACUCUGGGAGGCCUGGAGAAGCUCGACUGCUUCCUGGAUGCAGUGGAGAAGCUGGCGGUCACCUCACUUCAUGUGUUCAUGGAGAACCGGGUGUUACAUCUGCCCGAGGGGAUCGCCCUGGAACAUGUUCAGGUUGUCAUCGCUGCUGCGCGACUAAUCUGCCCCCUCCUCCUCGAGUUUAAAAGAGAUGCGCAAGUCUUCUUUGUUCCCAGACUUCAGAAUGUGGAAGUGGUGUCGUAUCAGUUGGACAGAUACAUACAGACCAUCCAGAAAAUCUGCACGAAGUUAGAGAAAAGCCUCUUCAGUGACUUUUGCCUGAAGAUGACAACGGAAACUCUGGUUGACCUCGAUGUGGAUUUGCCUGAAGAUGACAUGCAGAGGAUGCUUUAUCACAUUAAUCAGCUUGAUGAAAUCAGGAUGAACCAACACUUCCGGACAGUGUACCUGUUUCAGGAGGAAUCAUUUGGCUUCAUCCGUGAGUUCAGCAAGCGACAGCCCAGGAUGCUUCAGUUUCUGAACGAGCUGGAGGAGAGUGCUGUUCAGCUUGACAGGAUGAAUAAGGGGGCAAAGAUCUCCAGUGUGGCAGGCAGCUCCGUGGGGGCAGUUGGAGGCGUGCUUUCCAUUAUUGGUUUGGCGUUAAUUCCUGUAACAGCAGGAGUGUCUCUAGCUCUGACCAUGACAGGCGUAGGGCUCGGCAUCACCAGUGGAGUCAACAGCGUUGUCACCACAGCCACAGAGGUUGGAGUAAACGUUACACAACAAAAGAAAGCCAGUGAAGUCCUGAAGCUCUUCAUGGAGGAUGUACAGAGUCUCCAGGAUUGUCUGGAGGAGGUGACCAAUAGAGAAACUACUGAGAUUAGUGUGGUUGUGGAAGUAAGUAAGGUGCUUUGUAAAGCUGGUGUUGUUGGAAAAAAUAUUGAUGCAUUAGUUGAUGUUGCCUCUGCUGCUAAGUUGUUGCAAAGUGAAGAGCUGAUUACAGGUGUUGGUAAGGUGGUGGCCCAGGAAGGUAAAGCAUUACGUAAUGUGCCCAGGGCGGCCGCAGACAUCCCAGAUAUUGGUCAGGCAGCAGUCAAAGGGCCUCUUGCUCUCUCCAAGUCAGCCAGGGCAGGUCUCAUUGCAGUCAAUGCUCUUUUCCUUGGCAUGGACAUCUUCUUCAUCUGUAAAGACAGCAUCAGUCUGGCCAAAGGCAGUGAGACUGAAGUCUCACAGUUCAUCAGAGCCAGAGUUGCGCUUUGGAGCUCAGAGAUAAACUCAUGGCAGAGGAUCCAUGACUCGCUGUGUCAGGGCGUGCUGGCAUCAGAGAAAAACGAAGCUAUGCUGGAGACGCCAUUUUAUCCGGAGCUGGACAUGAAGAAACAAAGAGAAGCAGAAAAGGAAGUUGCACUUGAUGAAGUGGAUGAAAAAGUGAAAGAAAAACAGCUUUGUGUUAUACAGUAGUGCUCAGUGAACAGACUCUUGUACCUUUUGCAGGUUUCAAGACUGAUCGGAUGUCAGAUCCAUUUAAUGUGAAUGAACCAUAUUCAUCUCUGUUGAUAACUCACUGCAUCAAACAUCAUCAGAAUGUAUCUGUUAGCUGUUUGCUAAUUAGAUUCGGUUCUCCUGAUUUUAAACCAAGUUAAUGAGUACAUUUGUGCAGCAUGUUUCAAAUCAUACUUUAUCUGAUAACAAAUGUAAGUCGAUGAUAAAAUUACUGUCAAUUCUACAGUUUCAAGUACUGUCUUAUAAAAAUCUUGUCUAUAUGAUCUGUGUUAUUCUUAUGUACAAUUCAAUCUGCACAUUUAUUACUGAAUCAAAUAAAAAAUUAAAGAUGUGAUUAAUUAA